GUAGGAGGAACUAACAAGAAGGCAGGGUUGAAGUGCUGUAUUUGCAUGUUGCAUACACUCAUAGAAAGAACCAGACUUGACAGUAGCUCAUAUGUUUGAAGUCUACACACUCACAGGCAUGGCUGCUCAUCUCAUCAUUCUUCUUCUCUUCAGUGUGCUCAAAGGACUUCACAGCAUAACUACAGUCAGUAAAGUAUCAGUGAAAGCUGGAAAAUCUAUCUCCAUCCCAUGUCUCUAUGAGUCCCAAUACAAAAACCAUGUGAAGUACUUGUGUGAAGGUUAUUAUUGGAUGUCCUGCAGCUAUGCAGUAAAAACAAACAAAGCAGACCCUUCAGGAAAAUAUUUAAUCUCUGAUAACAAAAAACUGAAAAUUUUUACUGUGACUAUAAACCAGCUGGCACAUAAAAACACUGAUUACUGGUGCGCUGUGGAGAUUGAUGGAGAGCUGGAUGAUGGACAGUAUUUUCAGCUGUUAGUUUCCAGUGGUACCCCCAGUCUCUAUGUGGAUCAUCAGAGGAUUACAGGAUGUAUUGGAGAAAGCAUAACUAUUAGAUGUAACCACAGUAACUCUGGAGAAAUGAAGUGGUGCAGGCUGGGCAGGAACUGUGUGACAGGAUCAUCUGGAUCCACAGAUGGUGCAGCAGUGACCACUCAUAUGAGACACCCAAAUGUUGUCACAGUGACCAUGAGUGGACUAAGGUCAAAGGACAGUGGCUGGCAUUGGUGUGCUAAAGGGGACAUUCAGAUACCAGUAUAUUUAAAUCUUACUGAGAAACCGAUUACUACCACUCUCCCUACUACUACUAUCAGUCGUACUACCUUUACUACUACUACUACUACUAUCUCUACUACUAUUCAUACUUUUGCAACAAUGGAACAAGGGAAAAAUUCUACAGUAGGAGAAAAUAAACACAGAGCUUCAUUUGACCCAAGGAUCCUCAUCAUCCUUCUGAGUGUGUUGAUCUUGAUUGUAAUUGUUUUGUUGUUCAUCUGGUUUAUACUGAGACACGAGCAGAGGAAAGCACACUCAUCAGUCACACCAGUGGCUGAAGAGGAAAUAAUACACUCUGAUGUUAGACCCAAGAAAAGAAGUUUAGCCAAGGUGGAUACGGAAGUAACAUACUUUGAAGUUAGACUCAACGAAAAAGGGAAGAGGUCAUUUGCUGAAAGUGAAACGGAAAUCUUGUACAGUUCUGUUGUUACGAAACAACGCAUGAAAAGGGGUGACCGAAAAGACACAGGAGUUGCAUUAGAGCACAUUAGCUAAUCAGAAUUUAAAUGAUUAAAUAUUCAGACAUUUGCAAUUUUAUCUAUUUUAUCUGUACCUAUGUUACUGGAGUCUUGUGGGGCAAUGUGUUAUCUGCUGCCAUCAGCUUGUUAUUAGUAAAUCUUUUCUUCUUCUUGCUAACUUUUUUCCUGCGUAGCUGUAAAAUGGCUCAAAGAAGC